AUGCUUUCCGUCUCUCGGCGCUUGGGUGUGCAUGGCCGCCUGAUCGGGCGCGCCAUGCACACGGCGUCGUCCGUGGACCCGAGGGACAUUGCGCACUUCUCGCGCCUGGCGGACGAGUGGUGGAAUGAGCAGGGCGAGUUUGCGGCGCUGCAUACGAUGAAUCGCGUCCGUGUCCAGUUCAUGCGCGAAAAACUCCAGGAAGUGCGCGGCUGGGACAGGGCCGUCGCCGAGGCCUUGGGUCGCGAUGUGCCCUUGCCGCUCAACUCGCCGGACUUUUUGCAUGGAUGCAGUAUGCUCGACAUCGGGUGUGGCGGCGGCAUUCUGGCCGAGUCUGCGACGCGGUUGGGCGCGUGUGUGACGGGCGUCGACGCUUCGGCGGACAAUAUCCGCGUAGCGUCUGUGCACGCGGCCCGUGAUCCAUCCCUGCAUGUUCGCGAGCGUGCAGAAGACCACGUUCCAGCCUCGCUGGCGUACCUGGCGGCGUCUGCCGAGUCGCUGGCCGGGCGCACGUAUGACAUCGUGACAGCGAUGGAAGUCGUCGAGCAUGUGAACCAGCCCGCCGACUUUUUGCGAUGCCUUGCGUCGCUGAUCAAACCUGGUGGCCACCUGUUCCUCUCGACCAUGUCGCGCACCGUGUUCUCCUACUUUUUGACGAUCUUCCUCGCCGAGGACAUGCUGCGUGUCGUGACGCCCGGCACACAUCGACACUCGCAGUAUAUCCACCCCUUCGAGAUGGUCGAUUUCUUCCGCUCUCUGGGCUGGAUUCCUGGCGAGCGCGAUGUGCUGGCUGAUCGGCCGCUGCUGCCCAACGGCACACCCAUCGCGCCGCUGCCGCCCCGGCUGCAGUACGAGACUCGCGGCACAAUGUACGUCCCCGGCCUGGGCCAGUGGAUCCUCGUGCCGCCCCGUGCCGUGCCGAACGGCUCGUCCUCAUGGCUUCCAUCGUGCCUCGGUGGGGGUAUCCGGCCUACGGAACUGUGCAACUACUUCUUCUGGGUCCGGCGGCCAUGGUAG